AAACUAAAUUUGAUAUUAUAAAAUUUUUCCAGAAACAAAAGUAACGUUGAUUACUCGUUCCGACGACCAUAUACAUGUAUACUCGACAUGCAGACCGUACAUUUAAGAAAAAAAUCGUUCUCAAACUAGGCUAACACAAUGGUUGUCCGAGAAGUUGUCCCUGAAAAGUACGAUGAACUUGAUCAGAAGCUAGAGAGAGAACUUCCUCUGUCCAUUUUUGGAUUGGUCCACUUCCGGUUAAUGAGGAGAAAGUACCUUUUGAAAAAGAAAAUGGUGUUGGUGGACAGUCGGCCUGACUUCUCUGUCCUUGUUAUCGUGGAUAGACAGAGAAGUGAGACUUGGUUAAUAUCUGUAUGCUUCUGUAAAGGACCUGGAUUUGCACCCAACCUAGAGAUUAUACUUGAAUUUGUCUCCAGAGAGAUAUCGCCACCUCAAUAUAUUGUUGGUUGUACCUCUGACGUCAUGGACGCCCUCAUCAGUGCACACCAGUCGGCAAGUAGCCGCCCCUUUCGACGAAAGUACGCUGAUGCCAUUGUUUAUACAAUGCCUGCUGAAAAUAUUGUUCCUUUACCAAUUCCAGACGGAUUCCAUAUAUCUGAACUAAAUGACAUCCAUACAGAGAUUGUACACAAGUCAUGGCCUUUUACAAGCAACGAAAAGUGGAUCCAGUACCUAAUCACUAAUUUCCAAUCAGUAUUGAUCGAAACAGACGACGGACGUCCCGUGGCCUGGAAAUUUCAACAGGAAUAUGGUGCUGUAGGGAUGCUGCUUGUUAACCCCGAAUAUCGGAGAAGAAAACUAGGAAGCAUCGUCACAAGAACCUUGGCGGAAAAAAUGACCAAGGACAGACAACUUGUGUUUGCCCUCGUUGAGGAAAAUAACGACAUUUCGAUUGCAUUUCACGAGAAAAAUGGUUAUGUGCGCAUGCCUUUUAAAGUUUCUUCUAUGGAGUAUUUUCAAGAAGCGAAGGAAAAUAUAGUUAAUGUAAAGCCUUAACUUUUGUUAAACACAAAAAAUACAAGUGUUGAUGCAAAUUUUGAAUAGCACAAAAUUUAUAGAAUAUUUAUAAUUAAUAAAUCAUCUAAGUCGCUUGAUGCUAUAAAUUGGUUCCGUUUGAAUAAAAGUAAUUUUCUUAUGUGCUUGUUUUUA